CAGUGGGCAAACGUACAAAAUCAGCAGGGGAUCAAAUACUUUUUUCCCUCUGUAUAUGGUCCAUAGAUCAUUUUGGGUUCCAUCGCAUUACUGGUGGCUCGGCUUUCCUGUUCAUACCCCGUGUAUCUAUAAGACGCACAAAUGAACUUGCAUGUACUGCCAUCUCCUGGCCAAGGUCCGGAAACCUUGGAAGGUUCCCAUACAGAGUAUUUAUGUGAUUCCCCAACCCUCGUCUCCAAGGAUCUGGACUAUUCGGUGCGAUGGGCAUACGUGAAUAAAAUCCAUUGUGAUCUCUUACGACGCAACAUUCGUGCAGUGCCCACUUGCAAAAUGUACACGUGCGAUGCACAGUACAUCACAAAGCAUUGAGUCUAUCAAUCUUGAUUUGAAGCUUUCGUGACUGCAGGAAUCCAUACUCUUUGGUUCUUUCGGUAAAGUCACGUAGGUGUAAAAUAAAAUAAAUCACGACGUUUCGGGCGCAACACAAGCGUCCAUCAUCAGGUGGAACAGAGUAUUGAGUCUAUCCACAAGAUGGCGAGCUGGACCAUAGAGACCCACUCACCCACUCCCAUCCACAAAUCUCAACGCCAACCCCCACCACCAAAUGUCACUUGCCCUCCCUUGCUACCCUCCUUCCAAACUUCCCAGUUGCUUGCAGCUCAGUCUCAUAAAGGGCAGAGUGGGGAACAGCAGGCAGGCAGGCAGAUACACAGUGCCAGCCCCCCCCCCCCCCACCUUGACCAUGGCGACUGCGAUGGGAAUGAAUGUUAACCGAGUGGGGGGCCUCUCCGUGUGGUUGUUGAUCGCGACUUGUGGGGCGGCUCAGACUCACAGCUCCGGACAGGCUGGCGACAGGCAGUGCGUGUUUCAGGACCAGAGGUACAGCCCCGGCGACACGUGGCACCCGUUCCUGCCACCUCGCGGACUCGAGCACUGCAUCCGCUGCGCCUGCUCCAAGAGCGGGAACGUGCAGUGCGCACGCGUGCGGUGUCCACAGCUCCUGUGCGAGCACCCAGUGAGCGUUCCCCAGCACUGCUGCCCCGCGUGCCCAGAGUCGGAGGAGCCACGCAGGGAGGACGGGCGAGCGAGCGGACGAACGUGCGAGUACCAGGGAGCCACGCACCAGCACGGCGCGCUCUUCCCGGGAGGCGUGGCGCUCUUCCCCGCCCGCCUGCCCAACCAGUGCGUGCAGUGCGGCUGCUCGGAGGGCAGCGUGUACUGCGCACUGAAGACGUGCCAGCCGCUCAACUGCACCGCGCAAGUGAUGGGCACGCAGCGCUGCUGUCCUGUCUGCAAAGAACACACGAGUGAGACGGAGAUGCAGGAGAGCGAGAGAGGGGACCUGGAACAAACUAAGGCGGAGACAACUCCAAUGAGACAGUCGCACAGAGAGGCCGUACGGACGCCACGCACGACAAUCACGCACGACAAGCACGCACGACAAGCACGCACGACAAUCACGCAUUCCACUAACAUUAAAACUCCCGUUCACUUCAUCGUUAUAGUCAUCAUCAGCCAUGAUCUAUCCAGGCACUCGUGCGGGGGCCCCAGCGGAGAGGAGCGGAGGCCGCGUGGGAGGGGAGGAGGGGGGUCUCUGGGAGGGCGCCCCGCCAGCGCCGCCGCCGCCGCCGCCGUGGCCGCGGGGAGACACGCGCGCCCGCUCCGCGACUCGCUGCUCCCCGCUCGCGCCAGCGUCUCGUUCAACAUGAGCAGGGGCCGACCCGGCAAAGCGUGCUCGUACCACGGGCGGCUGUACUCGCACGGGGAGUGGUGGCAGCCCAGCGUGGCCCCGCUGGGCCCCGUCGAAUGCGUGUCGUGCACCUGCCGCGACGGGCGCCCGGAGUGCCACCGCACGCACUGCCCACGCGACGACCAGAUGCCCUGCCCGGCGCCGCGCAAGAUGCGUGGCCGCUGCUGCAAGGUGUGCCCGCAAGAGCCAGGCGGGGAGGAGAGGGACUCGGACAGGGAUCAUCGGUCCGGCGCGGGCUGCGGCGUGGACGUGGGCGACCGGGCGGUGUACGAGGUGACGAGCGCAACGCCCCGCGUUGGGCCGCGAGAGGCCGGGGCCGGUAAAGGGGACGCGGGGAGCCGAUCGCCGCAGCCGCCGCAACCGCCGCAACCGCCGCCGCCGCCGCCGCGGCUCAGGAAGUUUGCGGUCGUUCCUGAUGCCGACAGAGACGUUGACGUCGUGAUCCUUACGACGCAGAACGGCAUCAUCCUGGACAUGAACGUGGAGCCGAUGGAGAAGCAGAAGUUUGAGGGCGACUAUCGACAAGCCACCGGAGUGACGCUGCGUCUGCUCGCACGCACCACGCACAGUCGAUGGAAGAAGUUCCGGCAGAAGGCCUCUCGGGCGCGCGUGGGCGAGUGCGGAGCGGCCAAGCUGUGCGGGGCGCCGGUCCGCGCCGACGAACUCCUGCGAGCGCUUGCCCCGCUCAAGCACGAGUGCGGAGGCCGCGGGGGUCACGGCAGGGUCGUGUCCAGGGGGUCUCUCGCGUGCGUCGUGGGGCUCGCUUAGGACGCGCACCGCGCGCGCAGGGAUUAGGGUUAGAAAGCUUCGUUUUCAAUGUUUUCAAUAGGUCCAAUGUGUCAAGACAAAUACGCGUACGAUUUGUAUGCGCGUGCGAUUCGAACGCGUGGCAAUGAGCUGUCAAUUUAGCUGCUGCUCGGCAGACUCCAAUUGUUCCGAGGACUGUGCAUUGGCAGACCUGUCCCGAGUUGUGUUUGAGGGAUCGGUCUCUAGGCGGGCUCAACAUGAGAUGCCAUGUGAUGCAUUUGUCAUCAACUACAGAUGAAGCAUACUGGGGUGUUCCAAAACAUUCCCAUUCAUUCCAUCACCACCCUUCAAAGUUAAUUAGUUUUACUUGCUUCACAUGAGGCUUUUUUGGUGGUAAUUAAAUUAAUCGUACACAGAGGGGUAGUGGUUAGUCUGGAAUAUGGCUUUAAAGAUCCGUUUGAAGAAACAACCAUGAUCUAUCUGAUGCAAUUGGUUAUACUGCUGCCUUGGCUUAUAGCGCUCUUUAUCAUGCUAUAUAAGGACGAUUAAUGAUGGUGGUGAUUAAUGGUCGUGAUAAUUGCUGACUGUGGCUGUUGGUGAUGGUUGAUGGAAGAUCGCUGAUGACGAUGAUGACGACGACAAGAAUGACGAUUGCCGGUGGUGGCAGUGACAAUUUGGAACCGCAGCUGUGGUGCUGACGACGACGACGACGACGGAAGCGACCUCCUCGGCGAGGACGACAGAAGCGGCGAUCAUUGAACGCCGCCACAUUCCGAACCCUGGGCGCCUCCGUGUCAGCUUUUGUGCCAAUGACGAAAACGUUCGCAAGCCAAGUGAAACGCGAGACACGCAGCAAGGUCUCCGCAGCCAUUAAUCAAAGCCUACGCUGGCUUUGACAUCAAACCCAAACAUUUAUUCGUGCGAUGUUGACACACGCGCUUCACGGCUCCGCCAGUCGUACCGUGCAACACUCGCUGUGUGAACACCUCGAUUUGCCUUUGGGUGCUCCCCUUCAACCCAGCCACCCACGUGCACCUUCGUGGGAAUCCUGGCUAUGAUCCGGUGGGAAUGCAAACUGGAAUUGGCUCCACUUCACGGCAGCUUAAGCUAGAGAGGGGGCGAUGAAGCCUCAUCGGGCGAAGGCGUCCCCCCGUCAACAAAGCACGGCGUUGCCGAGACACGGAUAUAACACGCUCCGAAAGUAACAUGUGGUCUUGGUUUUGGAGAGAAAAAAAUGACAUCUAUACAUGAAAACAAUGAGGGUAAUUCUACUAUCCAUUAACAUGAAUUUAUACUCAUUUGGCCGCCUUUCGCGCCCCCCCCCCCCCUCCCCGUGUUUCUGUUUCAAGGGACACAAGUGUCGAUGUCAGGCUUUAACCGCGUACGGAGUUUACGGGCCGAGCUGGUUCAUGGACCGUGCACGAAGCGCCGAGGCACCGUUGACGCAGGGCGUUGUCCCAACGUCAGCAUGUUACCUGGAUACAAAGCGAACACAACAGUCGCGUUCAAUUCAUUCAUUGUUAAUAUUUUCUCCGGACAACGAUCAAAUCGCACGUAAAGUCGCAAGCAAUUUCUCUAGAAGUUGCCAAAUAUAGUUUUAUACGCUUCCAGUUAUUUCAUGCAUGUGCAAAUUAUAUUGACUUUUUCUGCUGGCCGUUAUUAUUAAAAGCAAUCCCUUUUAGAAACACCACCUCUUUGGAAACAAUCCAAGCAUGAAUGUGUUCGCUACAUUUUAUGAUACGUUUUUUACCUUUUAGCUAAAAGUAUUUAUUUUAAAUAUUUUUGGCGCAAGUACAUAUUCCCUAUGGAACAGUUUGAGCGAGGUACAUUCGUAAUCUAACGUUUGUACACGCUGCUGGUUACCCAGAAACAGCCAGAAGUGAUUGUUUAUGUAAAUUUAAAAGUUCAAAAAUAGUUUGCACAAAAUAAACAUCCCGCUGUGUUGUUGAUAGCAGUGUGUACACCGGUUAGGAAUCAACUCAGCCCAUCAUCCAUCCAUGGUCAGUACAAUUUGUACCACUUGCUGGAAAGUGAACGGUGGAUAUUAUAUGCAGAGACUCGCCCGCUCCGUGGGGAUGUGGAAUUUCUAUCACUGGCUCCGGGCCACUGACUCAGCUCCACACUUAUUUCAGAGGGAGGUACUCACUUUAAACAAUGUUGUUUUUUUACGGUGGUGUGAGCUCGUAACAUCAAGCCAACAAAUGACAAUCGCAAUGAGUAGGCCAUUAUGUGGGCCUUGCCCGGUAAAAUAAAACGUUUAGUUUAAUAGCGAAAGACCAACCUUUGCGCGAAUAUUAGACGCAAUCACUGGGGAGCUAACAAUUCUCACUCGUCAAAUGAGCUGCAUGGAGCUAAAUGGAGGCAGCCGUCAUUGGAGCAAACACAAACAGAAGAAAUGAGGGAAGGAAAGAAACACGUUUCACUCGGAGAUACAAAUGUUGACACGAAUAAACGUUGCGGAAUUUGUAAACGUUCUUUUCGAGUGGAAAAUGCGGUGGAGUGGGAGAGGAGUGAGUGGGACGAGGGAUGUUUGGUGAGUGGGCGAGUUGAGUGACGCAGGGAGGAGGGUUCAACCCGGGAGGAGGAGCGCAACUUGACAACCUUUUUGUAGACGAGACGCCCCACCGGCACUUGCCCAGGGAUCAUGCUCCUUGUGGAAUAUUUUUUAAGCAAAAUAUAUAACGACGAAUAAUGGAUGAAA